CUUGACUAUUUGUUACCUUGGCGACCGCCGCUUCCGCCCUGUUCCACCCGCCAAUCUCAGCGGCCCCGCGGCGGGCGCCGGCCAAUCAGCGUGAAGGCGGGAGGAGAGCGGCGCGCGCGGGCGGGCAGCGGCCGCAGCCGUAGCCGUAGCCGUAGCCAUGAAGCGGCAGCGCGGGGCGGCCCCGGAGCCGGGCUGCCUGCAGGCCUGGGCCAACGAGAGCCAGGCCCUGGCCGGCCGCUGGCGGGCGGCGCAGUGCUCGGGGCCCGGCAGAGCGUUGUCGUUGGAGGUGCGAGAGCAGCGAGAUGGCUUCAGGGAGCUGCUCCUGAAGAUGCGCGGGCUGCCAGCUGCUCUCCCCGCCUUCCCCCUGGAGCUUACCGUCCUCUAUAACUACCUGGUUUUCACUAUGGGAGCAUCCGACUCUGCCAUUGAAGGAGAAGCAGAAGAAAUACGCCAAGGGCUCCUCAGGGUUCUGGAGGCUUUUGGGACCUGUGGGCAGGAUCUUAGCACUGAGGAGCUGUGGCAGAAGGUGCUGCAGGAGGCAACUGCAGAGGAGCUGCAGGCGCCUUUGCAGCAACUGGGUGCCCUGCAAGCAGCGUGGUGGCUGGCAGCCGGCCGCCUGGGGAGCACCGUCGGCCUCCUCCGCCUCCUGAGCAACACCGAGGACCUGGGCAGAGCUCACUGCAGCGAGGGGGAGAAUGAACUCCUCUCCCUACUCAAGGCAUGGGAAGUACCUGCAGAUGCAUCCUCCCUGUCCCUUGUGCAGAGUGCCAAGGAAUUGAAAGAGGUCCUCUGCACCUCAGCAGCCUUCCUGCAAGGUUUGUGUGGAGCAGGGCUGCAGGAGCUGGAGGCUGGAAACUUCCCCACUGCCCUCUCCCUCCUACAAGAGGCCACACGAGGAUUCUGCUCCAGGAGGGUACUGGCCCAGAUCUACACCUGUCUCGGCUGCUGCGCUCAGCGAAUGGGCAAGCCUCAGACAGCUCUUCAGCACCUGAAACAGGCCUUCCAGGUAGACUUCCAGUGCCUUCCUGCUCUGUCCCACACCGCAGCAGUGUUCCAUGAGCUGGGGGAAACCGAGGCGGAGCUGCAGGCCCUGACUCUGCUCUAUGAGGCUCUGGAUGAAAACCUUGCAGCACCUGCUUCCUGUAGUUCAUAUUUCCUAAUCCAAACAGAGCUCCUUGUUCACACACCACUGCUAGCUUCCCUUCUUCGCCGUCGCCAUCCCUCUGAAGUGAAGUACCUGCUGGCACAGCGGUGUCUCCAAGAAGGGAGGGUGGCUGACGCCGUGGAACAUUACCUGGAUUUUAUGGCUCUGCUUCAGCAGGGGCUGCAGCAGCAGGUGCCCCUAGAUGGUGGCUCAGCUCUGCCCAGGAUCCCCGAGGUGUUUCUGGAAGCAGCGUCUGCCUUGGAGCAGGCCGGGAGGCACCAUGAUGCCAUAACUGUGUGCGAGGAGGUCAUCAACCGGACAACUAACCUGAUCCCACGGAUGUUACGAGUGGAGGAGAGGCUGGAGCAGCCUGAGUGCCCAUCACCAGGGGCAGGGCUGGCGGAUGGACUUCUGUCCCAGAAGAAGGAGAGUCUGUGCUGCCUCACCUGGAGAGCAGCUGGAUACCUGCACCAGGGCUGUGCAUGGGCCACGCUGGGUGAGAGCAAGGAGGCUAUAACACAGUUCAGCAGGUGCCUUGGUGAUCUCUUGCGAGUCCAGCUCUGUGGGUCUGGCGUUGGACUGACAGAGACUCUCCUGCCAGAAGUGGAGGUGCUCCAGAAGAUCAGGUUGCUCGCUCUCAUUGGGAGAGGUGCACAGUUCCUGGAGCUGGGGAAGCACAAGGAGGCCUUGUUGGAUUUCCAGCAUGGUUUGCAGAUCUCGCCAGGUGACCCAGCUGCUGCCUCCUACCUGGUGCAGGCCUUAUGGAAACUGAACCGAAAGCAGGAGGCGGCUGCUCACUGGCAGAAGUUCUCCCAGAGCCCCGCUGGCGAGGACGGGCAGCAGGAAGGGCAGGGAAGGCGCUUCCCUCUGUACCUGGUUUGGUGUCUGAAGCAGGCGAUGUUCCCACACAGUGAGUCUCUUGCCAGAAGUAUACAGGAUUACCUUGGGACCACAAACCAGGACCCCUUGUGCUAACCCGGUCAGUCUCCCCAUGCCCACCUGCUGAAGUCUUCCUGCGCUGGGCUGGCAUGAGGCCUUUAAGAACUCCUCCGAGGCUCAGAAUUACUCUUGGAUAAAGCUGGAUUCCCAAAGGACUGAAAUAGAAUACAUCUUUUCAAAUAAAAGCCUCAGCUCUAGUUUAA